CUUUUCAGAAGAUCAAAUACCCGACCCAACCGAUGUUUUUUCCUUUUAAAUGCAUGGCUAAUAGUGCUAACGUGGGCCAAAUUGACCAACGACCCGAUUCAUCAUUGACUCUACUCCCACAGCUCCAACACCCUAACAAUUCUCCUUUAGCAACAACCACCACUUGUCAACAACACCCAUCACCAAAACCCCCUCUACCCCGCACAACACCCAUUCCCUCGCCGUCCAUAGGCGGCGCAACCUCCGGCAAGCAUCACAAUUUUCGAGGAAUUCGGUGCCGGAGCGGAAAAUGGGUAUCUGAAAUACGCGAGCCACGUAAGACGACGCGCGUAUGGCUCGGCACCUAUCCGACUCCGGAAAUGGCUGCUGCCGCUUACGAUGCGGCGGCGCUAGCGCUGAAAGGCCCGGACGCUGCCCUCAACUUCCCGGAAUCACUUCUUUCGUAUCCGGUGGCGGCUUCUUCGUCGGCGAGUGAUGUGCGUGCGGCGGCGGCGGCGGCGGCUGCAGCAGCAGCCAGACUACCGAAGCAGAGCGGGCCGGUUGAGAACACGUGUCAAACUCGUACGGAUUCCGGGCAAGCUUUUUUUAUGGACGAUGAGGAGAUUUUUGACAUGCCGAAUUUGCUGGUGGACAUGGCGAAGGGAAUGCUGAUGAGCCCGCCGAGGAUGAUAAAAAAGAAACUAAUGUAUUAA